AUGUCUAUGCCGCCUGGCAUUGCUGACCUGGAUGAAAGCGUAGACGCGCCGCUUAGCCACGCUACGGAUCAGGAUGCUGCAUCUGGUAUCAAGCUGGACGAUAGGGCUGAAGAAGAGCAGCUUAGUCGGUCAGAUCCACCCACAAUGGAGCCUGCCCCCCCGGCGGGUUCUGGUAGUAGAACAGGUACACCUGUUGAUGCGGCUGUCUAUGAUAAGAUGACUGUACGAUCGGCUCAGCCUUCUUUCGAGGAGGUUUCGGUGAAUAAGAACACUUUGGUUAACCUGCUCCGAGCUCUUUCAUAUUCUUACAAAUCUGCUGAGUCGCUCCGCCUAAUAACUGGUCUUGUUGUGGAAGGCUUCCAUCUUCAAGGGAUACGACAGCUGAAGUCGAGCUCUUCAAAAGCUAUUAGCCCCGAGAUGCUUAAAGCGGUGUACGCAGAUAUAGGUGAGAUGUCUAUAUUACGACCCCCGCCACUGGUGGCAGAGCUCACUGCCUCUCGGAGGGAGGGGAAGCUAUUAGACACACUCUAUGAGCAUAUCCUGACAAGCUACCUUGAGCUGCUUCAGCAAAUAAGUUGCUUCAAGAAUGCACGCGAAGAUAUCCUGUUAACCCUUGGGAAGUCCGCAGAUAUAAAUCUAGAAACUCCAAUAGAAGAGAUUGCAGACGAAAUUAUAAAAUUAAAAGGCCUUCCAGACUACAGCGAUGGCAAAUUCAUUCUCGUGGGACCUUCUGCAGUUAGUGCACUGGAUAUUGUCAGGAAAAGCGAUAACCUAACUGACGCGCAGCAUGAAAAUGAGAUGCUCCGCGCGACCAUUGAUUCAUUGAGGAAGGAAUUGUCGGAGUCUGCUAACGCUGCGACCCUAAUGCGAAGGGAGACUGCAAAUGGCACGAUGGAGGCAGAAAAACUUAAGGUAGAGUUAGAGAAGCUUCGGGCGCAGAACCAGCGCCUAAAGCAUGUGGCAGACGACGCAAAGGCAGAGACAGCGGCAACACGCACAAGCAACGCAGCACUGCGCCAGCAGCUCGAGGCUUUGAAGACAACAAGUACUACUGUUGCUGGGGAACCUUCUAAAUCGAAUCAAAGCACAGCAAAGCCCCGUAGUAAGUCAGCACGCGAUGCUAAUGACCUCCUUACGACUGCUGACCUGAGCCACACUGGAACAGGAUAUACAGGACCACCAUCUCAUGCAGCAGCUCGGCAACACAGGCCUUCGCGACCAGCAAGUGCGACACAGCAGCGUAUCCUUUCUGGAAAGGUCGCUCCGGCGCGUGUAGAAAUAAAUAACUCAAGCUACUACGCCAUACACGGGCAGAACGGAGAGGUGAACAACACUGGAAUACCCACAACAACGGCACGUGUCGUGAAGAGAAGUGUGGCUGUCACAGACAAUUGCCUAGUGUGCAUCGGUCCGCGGCACUCUUCUCCGUCAGCUAGGUCAAAAAGCCCACAGAGAUACAUACAAGACAUGAAAGCUACUAGUCCUGAAGUUCGCAAACUUGCUUCGGUCCCUGGUAACACUCGCAUCGGCAAAAAUAAUCAGUUGUGCAGCUCGUACUACGAGUCGCAGAGGGCAGUGACACCUAAUAAGAAGUCAACCCAGGCUGGUCCCGUGUCCAAAACUACACCAAGGAGACCAACUAGUUCACGGCCACAGGUCUCAUCAGCAAGAACGCCUGUAGCUAAGACACCGUCACGUGAUCAGCACUAUUCUCAGACGACCCAUAGCAAGGGCGCUACGAAAAUGUAUACAUCCGUUAUGCCCUUGGACGGCACCAGAACUCCCCGCAGCAAAACACCGGUAGAUGACCUGUACAACCAAAUAGACCGUCUCUCUGUUGAGCUGGCAGCAGAAAAGGAAAAAAGACAUGUUCUUCUGGACGAAAAUAGAAACCUGAAAAGCACUCUAACAUCAAUGGAGCGUCAAACUAGGCAGCAAAUGAACAACAUUGAAUCCAAGUAUCGUGCUAUUCUGGAGCACACUAUAAAGAAGCUGACAAAUCGUGCAUAG